GCCAGCCCCAGCCCCAGCCCUGUGGGGCCAGCCCCAGCCCCAGCCCGGUCGGGUACAGCCCCAUGACCCCGGAGCCCCCUCCCCAGGGGGACCCCCCAAUAACGCUGUUCCUGUCCCCCCAGGCCAGCCCCAGCCCCAGCCCGGUCGGGUACAGCCCCAUGACCCCUGGAGCCCCCUCCCCAGGGGGGUACAACCCCCACACCCCCGGCUCGGGGAUCGAGCCCAGCGCUGGGGACUGGGUGACCACGGACAUCCAGGUGAAGGUGAGGGACUCGUACCUGGACAGUGCAGCCGUGGGACAGACCGGGGUGAUCCGCAGCGUCACGGACAGCGAGAAGGUGGUGAGCGUGUCCAGCGAACACCUGGAGCCCGUCACACCCACCAAGAGCAACAAGGUGAAGGUGAUCCUGGGGCGAGGACCGCGAGGCCACCGGGAUCCUGCUGAGCAUCGACGGCGAGGACGGGAUCGUGCGGAUGGACCUGGAGGAGCAGCUCAAGAUCCUCAACCUGCGCUUCCUGGGGAAGCUGCUGGAGGCCUGAGACCCCUCCCCACCGAGACCCCCACCCAAUUCCCACCCCUCCCCCCGGCUUUGGGUCCCCCCCACCCAAUUCUGACCCCUUUCAUCUGCGCUUGCUCUGAUUGGCUGCCGCUCCCCUGGCCCCGCCUUCCCCGCGCCGCCAUUGGCCGCUCACUGCGCCCCCAUUGGCCAACUCCCCCUUAG